CCGUAAAUAUCAAUUCUUCAAACCUUCACCCCUAUAUAUUUAUCCUUUAUCUUCACUUCCAUUCUCACAACAAUGUCCUCUAUAUCACGCACAGUAGAGUGUUCUUUCAGAACUGCAACCCGCUCAACGCCGCGGAUCCGUCCGACUUUCGCAUCUUCCUGCCGAUGCCUUACCCGCUCGAAUAAUAUUGCCGCUGACAUCCAGAGUCGAACAUUCUUCUCUUUGCCGGACCUCACAAAGAUUGCCAGUCUUGUGCCAGGACAAGGUCAAGAAGAUACUAGCGAGAAUGCUCGAGCUCAAGGAGUCGAGGUUGACGGUGAAGUGCAACGGUAUCAUGCCAGGAAGAUCUUACCGUAUUCCCAGGCUCAGCUGUAUUCUUUAGUUUCAGAUGUCCCGUCUUACGCAUCUUUUAUUCCUUUCUGCAAAUCCUCAACUGUCCUUGCGCCAUCUUCACCUGGCUUCUCUUCGACAAGAGAAUGGGUAGGAUGGAAACCGGAGGAUAAGCCGUUCGAAGUGCUGGCAGAACUAGCGGUCGGAUUCGGAGGAUUAGAAGAGAGAUAUGUCAGUAAGGUCGUAGGCAGACCAUACGAGAGUGUUGUUGCGACAGCUUCAAAUCAGACUCCUAUGUUCAAAACCCUAACAACAUCUUGGACUUUCAGCCCCGCUUCAUCAAUAUCCCCUCAUCCAUCAUUUGGCAAUCCUUCAUCUGAUUCUUCGAAUUCACGAAUCCCGAAUUCCGCAUCGCCUGCAGACCCCACGCAUGGUCCCAGCUUGUUGACCAUUGACUUAGCCUUCAGCUUCCUCAACCCUUUACAUAGGAUUGCCAGUCAAGCGGUGUUACCCAAAGUUGCAGAAAAAAUGGUCGAAGCUUUUGAAGAAAGAUGUUUGAAGGUUUGGGGACAAGGGAAGCAAUGAGUAUAGCAGAUGGUACAAUAUUUCAUAAUUCUUUGGAUAUACCCAUGACUCAGUCACCUAACAACGUUGGCCACUGACCUCUGGGUUUGGGUGAUGAAGUUUUCAAAAAAGGAAAGCUACAUGAAACCAGCAUGAUCCCAUAACCCACAUCAUACACUGCUGGUACCACAAAGAGUGAACAAAAAUCUACACAAACAGUGCUAGAAAACGAAGCGAGGCCACGUUUGUUAUAUAGCAGAGAUAUUGCAUAGUGAGAACCUGUGAAGAUGUAUUUUCGUAUAAUCCCCUAU